UCCGUUCAUUGCUCGGACGGAUCAAAAUAAACCUGUAAAUAUGAAGAACUUGGUAGUGCUUGUGCUAAUGGUUGUGAUGCUUCUAGCUGUGAAUAUGGCUGAAGCCCAAUUUGGGUUCGGAGCUCAAUCCACCAAACAACAACCUGCUACAGAUACUACGAGGAAAACUUCACCAACAACACCGACAAAGCCUACUACACCGACGAAGCCUACUACGCCAACAAAGCCAACACUGCCCACCCGCCCGACAAUGACCUCUACUACGAAGCGCGCAACGCCUACUGUCGUCCCAACGAAACCAUCACCGACGCCAACACGCAAGCCCUAAUUCCUUCCCUUCAGAGUUCUUUGAGCUUAUCGCACAGAAAGAGACCGGAAAAUUGGUGUUUCAAUAGAAUAAAAUCUGCCCCAAAAUA